CAAGUGAUUCAUCCCCAGGCGAAAAAUUCUAACCUAACAAAAACUUGAAGUUCCUCUGCUUCGAAAGAAACAAACACAUAAAAAUGUAAGCCAAUUAUUAUCGGAUCCUUCAGAUGUAAUUGCCUCAACAUAUACAAGAUGCUGUACAUCGUUAUAAGAGAAUUUAAACCACAAGAUCUCCCAAAUAUAUCGGAUAUAGUUAGAAAUGCCUACAUUUCUAAUAUUUUUAAUUCUUGGCUUAACGUAGUUUUAAGUGAGAUAACUUUCCAGUUGAUUACCUUAGUAUCUGCCUAUAUGUUCAUUUUUAUGAAUGUACCGUUGCUUUACUGCAUAUUCUCCGUCCCUAUAGUUUUUACUGUACUCUACGUAGUUAUUUAUGGAUCUGUACUGAUAAAAUCUGCCGAACUGAUAAACACCAAAAAACCUUUACAAUGCUGGGUGGCAGAAGUUGUAGAGCCAAUUUUUUCCACAAACGUGAAUCAUUUAGAAUAUAAGAUCGUCUCAGAGACCGAAUUCAACGAAGCAGCUGUUGAUAUUAAGAAGAUGAAAAGAAGGCUUGUAGGUACGAUAGCUGUUAUGAGGCAUGCAAAGAGGAAUGAUUGGGCUUGGCUUUUCAGAUUAGCCGUAGACCAAAGGUAUAGAAAAAAAGGCAUUGCUCUUAAAUUAACAAAGACUGUGCAAGAAUGGUGCAAGGUAAAUAGAUAUAAUAAUUUGGAAGUUUGUUUUACGGAUUGCCAAGAAGGUGCCAGACAGGUGUUUGCAAAAGCAGGGUUUGAAGUCUGCCAAAUGUAUCACCAAAAACUUCUAACCAGUGCUUUUACCCUUCAGAUGUAUCUUCUUAGGUACGAAGUGAGACCUAUGUUCGAAUGAUUACAUUAAUAGUUAAAUAUUUUUAUAUUUUAUAUACAUAAGAUAACGAAUUCUAUUUAUUACUUAUAUUUUUAUGACAAGAAACGAAUAUAAUGUACAAGUUAUAGUAAA